AUAUGCACAAACGCACGCACGCCCGCCUCUUGUCUUGUCUUCUCUUCUCCAAUCCAUCUCUCUCGCUGUAAAUUUCCUUAACCUUAUUGAGCUCUCAAUUCCGUUCGAUACGGUGCGUUUUGAUUCCUUGAAUCUUUUCUUGGUUUCCAAUACUCGGUCAUUGCGCUUACGUAAGCGAAACCGAAACAUGGUGUUUCACGCAGUAUCCGAAACAACCGAGACGCCACCGGCGCCGGCACAACCGCCAGCCAUAGUCUCCUCCGCCUGCUCUCAGAAGCCCCAGGCCCAGCCCCUCCAUGGCUUCGCUUUCUCCGACUUCAAGUGGCCAGUCAACCACUCUACCACCAAUCACCACCACCGGUUCCGAAACAGACUCGCCGACUCGGAGCCCCGACCGAAAUAUUCUCCCGUGGUCAAUGAAGAUCAUCAUCAUCAUCAUCGGCGGGUGGUUCGGAAACUCGCCGAGUCGGCUCGGUCUACUGACUCGGAGCCUCGUCUCGGUUCUCCGCUUAAGAACGAUCACCACCAGGUCAGUAAGCUCGGCGGUUCGACUCGGAAGGAGUUUGGGUCGGAGAAUCGGAAUGAUCCGGUGUGUGACGGUGUGAAUAAACCGGGUUUUCCUGAGCCUCCGAAGGAAAACUCGGAGAAGAAGUCAACGAACCCUGUCCGUGUGAUCGAGAAAUCGACGGCAUCCGAUGUGAAAUCGAAGGUCUUCAUUCGUAUCCGAACCAAAAGCAAGUCCGACGCUGAUGCUGGCGACGAUGGAGCAGCAGAAGCAACGGAUCAAACAAUCUCAGCCGCCGCGGCGCCGGAAGCCGAUGAACCAGCGCCAAAGACGUGGAAUCUCCGGCCAAGAAAACCGGCGCCGAAGCGUCCCAACGCAGACGGAGGAGCACCGGAAGCUGUUGGAGCGCCGGCGCAGGAUACCAAAACCCAGCCUCUGGGUCACGCCGAACCGUCUCGGGCCCGAAACGGAACGGACACGAAAGUUUCGAAGAAGAGGCCGAGACUUUCGAUUUCGCUCUCUAAGGAAGAGAUCGAAGAGGAUGUCUUCGUGUUCACGGGCUCCAAGCCCGCCAGAAGGCCCAAGAAGCGACCUAGGAACGUUCAGAAACAGCUCGAUAGUGUUUUUCCGGGAUUGUGGUUGGGUUCGAUAACGUUGGAGGCAUACAAGGUCACCGAUACUCCUGGGAAGGUCUAAUCAAGGAAGGGUCAAAUAAGACUGAUGCUAAUGUUGUCGUUCUUUGACUGUCUGCUAGAACUUUGAAGGCUUUGAGACUGCGGCCUCUUUUGACAUAAAAGGAAGGUAUAACAGGCCAUAAAACUUUGAAGAUGAAUGGAUGACAUUGUAUCCUGUUUUUGCGUAUCUUGAAAGAAAUCUCAAGUGUUGGAAAGAGUUAUAUGGUUUUUAGUGGUUACAUAAGUAGUCAGAGAUGUACAUAUGGGUUAAAAUGAUCGAAGUUUGAAUAAAUUUAAUGUUAACAUUGUCUAUAGCUUUGAAUGA